AUGGCCGAAGAGAUCGUGAAACUAGCUGCAAUUGUUUCCCAAUCAGCAGAAAUAUUGGAUCGAUCACUGAAGCAUCAUGGCUUACACAUGCCCUCAUUUGAUGUCGAUUCCUCAGUUGAAGUUCCUCUUCCGUCACAAGAGGUAAUCGACGCACGAUACGCAGCGACCAACGCAUGUAUGGAGCUACUGGACCUGCUGCAAGGUCCGCUGGGUUCGGGGCUUCAUACUAAGAGCGGUUACUCUUGUUGCAAGUACAACGGCAGCAGUAUCCAAGAAAUCACCCGUUUCAGUAUAGCGAAGUAUGUGCCACUUGACGGAGAGAUCUCCUAUGAUGAUCUAUCUAGAGCAUGUGGCGUACACGUCCAUGACUUGAAACAGAUUAUCCGCUUCGCCAUCGCUUUUCAUCGUAUAUUCGCGGAGAAGCGCAAGGGGUAUGUCUCGCAUUCAGCUGGCUCGCGCAAAAUUGCGGAGGAUCCAUUGGCUUCUGCAGGGGUCGGAAUGUAUGAUGAUAUUGCGAUGGCAUUCACGAGAGGCUUCGCUUUAGCUCAUAACAACGAAGGCAUAUUCCAAUACCUCGGUUCGCGACCAGAUAAAGAGAAGCAAUUUUCCGAUGCCAUGCAGUUCUUCGCCACCUUCGCUCCUGAAUCCGAACCAGAGUUUCUGGUCGAGAAAUAUCCGUGGCAUCUGCUGCCGAAGGGCGCGGUGGUAGUUGACGUUGGUGGCUCGGAGGGGCGCGUGGGACGGUUGAUUUCGCGGGCAAACGCGGACAUUCAAGUCAUCGUCGAGGACGUUCCAGGUUUGAUCGAACGCGCAAAAGCUGCGGCUGCUGCUACAUCUGAAAACUCCAAUGUCCAGUUCAAGGCCCACGAUUUCUUUUCUCCGCAGCCUGUAGUGGCGGACGUUUAUCUGUUCAGAUGGGUGUUGCAUGACUGGUCUGACGACAAUGUUGUGAGAAUCCUUCGUCAACUGGUUCCUGCGUUGAAAACAGGGGCGAAGAUCGUGGUGAAUGAGAGCCUUUGUCCAGAAAAUGGCUCUCUGCCUAUCGCGACGGAGAGAUAUAUCCGCCACAUUGACAUGACAAUGCUUGCGGUCAACAAUUCUCGCCUGAGGGAUGAAGAAGAGUGGCACGCUCUGUUCCAGGAAGCGGAUCCGAGAUUUGGAGCCAUAAAGUGUUGGACGCCGCCUCAGGCAGCGUUGGCUAUUAUGGAAGUUGCUUGGGAGGGUUGA